UUAUUUUGAAAUGUGACCGGAAGUGGAUUAGUGGAGUCGGUGGGUGUGUGGACCCCCACCAGGCGCCAUGGGAAGUUGAACCUGCUUUCACCUCUUCGUUACUCUCUUUCGAGAGCCGACGCGUUUCCUUGCCAGGAGUCGGUGUGGCGGACCAAAACCGGUCAGAAAAUUGGGUUCGACCCGACCGAACUGCAUCACGAGCCGCCGGUUAUUGAUCAGUGGUAGCAAGGUAGCAGCUACUCUUCCUUCCUGGGGUUGGUGCAGCCAUGUUCAGACUCCUCUGUCACCGCAAGACAAGGACGUGGAGCUGCCUUGCAGACCAGUGGCGCUAUGAGCACCACAUGUCCGUGAUGGCCAUUCGCCGUGAGGAUGUCAGCCCCUGGGAAAGGAGGGCACCGCUGGCCCCACGUCAUGUCAAGGAGCUCACCAAUGCCGGCGUCAAAGUCCUGGUGCAGCCGUCCAACCGCAGAGCCAUUCACGAGAAGUACUACAUGAAGGCCGGCGCCAUCAUUCAGGAGGACAUUUCGGAGGCGGCGCUAAUAAUCGGAGUGAAGAGUCCGCCUGAGGAGAAGCUCAUUCCCAGGAAGACCUAUGCUUUUUUCUCCCACACUAUCAAGGCUCAGGAGGCCAAUAUGGGCCUUCUGGAUGACCUGCUGAAGAAGGAGGUUCGUCUGAUCGACUAUGAGAAGAUGGUAGAUCCUAACGGCUUCCGAAUCGUAGCGUUUGGUCAGUGGGCUGGAGUCGCAGGAAUGAUCAACAUUUUGCAUGGACUGGGGCUGCGCUUCCUGGCUCUCGGUCACCACACUCCCUUCAUGCACAUUGGCAUGGCUCAUAACUACAGGAACGUCCACCAGGCCAUCCAGGCAGUGAGGGAUUGUGGGUAUGAGAUUUCCAUGGGGCUCAUGCCCAAAUCCAUCGGGCCUGUGACAUUUUGUUUUACCGGAACUGGCAAUGUCUCCAAGGGAGCCCAAGACAUCAUCAAUGAGCUUCCUGUUGAAUACGUUGAACCUCAUGAGUUGAAGGAUGUCUCUGAAGUGGGAGAAAUGACCAAAGUGUACGCCACCGUUCUGAGCCGACACCACCACCUGGUGAGGAAGAGCGAUGGCAUUUACGACCCCAUAGAGUAUGAGAACCACCCGGAGCUGUACACCUCCCACUUCAGGACCAGCGUGGCGCCCUAUACAACCUGCCUGAUCAAUGGUAUUUACUGGGAACCCUACACCCCCAGACUACUCCGACGACAGGAUGCCCAGAAUCUGAUGAGACCGUCCAAAACCUUGGCUCCAGUCAACCAGGGCUCACCAGAGCUGCCGCACAAACUGCUAGCCAUCUGUGACAUCUCCGCUGACACUGGCGGCUCCAUAGAGUUCAUGAACGAGUGCACCAGCAUCGAUAAACCGUUCUGCAUGUACGACGCUGACCAGUACAUAAAUCACGACAGCAGUGUGGAGGGAAACGGGAUCCUCAUGUGCUCCAUCGACAACCUCCCUGCUCAGCUCCCCAUCGAGGCCACUGAGUACUUCGGAGACAGGCUCUUCCCCUACAUCUGGGAGAUGCUGCCUUCAGAUGCCACCAGACCGCUGGAGGAAGAGGACUUCAGCCCACAAGUCAGAGACGCUGUCAUCACCUCAAAUGGAGCACUCACCCCGAAGUUUGAAUACAUAGCAAAACUUCGCGAAAGAAGGGAGAAGGCUCAGAUCCUAAAGAAGACUGCGAUGAAGCGAGUUCUGCUGCUGGGUUCAGGGUAUGUCUCUGGGCCUGUAGUUGAGUAUUUAACUCGCAAUGAGAAGACCCAAAUCACUGUGGCAUCGCAGCUGCUGAAGCAGGCGGAGGAGCUGGCAGCCAGAUAUCGCAACACCAUCGCCAUCAGGCUGGACGUCAGCAACCAGGAAGCACACCUCGACUCUCUGGUCAAAGAUCAUGACCUGGUCAUCAGCCUCCUGCCGUAUGCUUUUCACCCGCUUGUUGCCAAACACUGCAUCAAGAGGAAGGUAAACAUGGUGACGGCCAGCUACCUGAGUCCUGCCAUGAAGGAGCUGCAGAGCAGUGCAGAGGAGGCAGGAAUCAGCAUAGUGAUCGAGAUGGGACUGGACCCGGGUAUCGACCACAUGCUGGCCAUGGAGUGUAUUGAUCAGGCCAAGGCCGACGGCUGCACCGUGGAGUCCUACAGCUCAUUCUGCGGUGGUCUUCCUGCUCCUGAAUGUUCAGACAAUGUUCUUCGCUACAAGUUCAGCUGGAGUCCGUAUGGCGUCCUCCUCAACACCAUCAACCCGGCCGUCUACCUCAAAGACAACCAGUUGGUGAACAUCCCGGCCGGUGGUGCUCUGAUGGACUUCGCCAAACCGAUGGAUAUUUUUCCUGGCUUCAACCUGGAGGGACUUCCAAACCGUGACAGCACCAGGUACAUUGAGCCGUAUGGCAUCCAGACUGCGCACACAGUGGUCAGAGGAACACUCAGGUUCAAGGGUUUUGCUAAGGCCAUGAGUGGCUUUGUCAAACUGGGUCUGAUCAACAGUGAGCCGUGCCCCGUCCUGCAGUCCACUUCAGCUCCUGUUUCCUGGAAAGAGCUCCUCUGUAAGCAGAUGGGAUUGUCUUCUGUGUCCCAGGAUGCCUUUGAAGAUGCUGUAUACAAAGUCAUUGGAAAGGAUGACACCAGAAUGGACACCCUGAGAGGCUUAGGGAUUCUGAGCAACGAGUUGGUGCCUCAAGCUGACAGCGUCCUAGCUGCUCUGGCAAAACACCUGGAAGCCAAACUCACCUACGGUAAGGGCGAGCAAGACAUGAUCAUUUUGAGGAACGACGUGGGCCUCCGCCACCCAACUGGCGAGCUGGAGACCAAACACAUGAGCCUGGUGGUGUACGGUGACCCCAAAGGCUUCUCUGCCAUGGCUAAGACUGUAGGGUACCCAGCAGCCAUUGCUGCUCGCAUGGUCCUUGAAGGUGAAAUCAGUACAAAAGGCUUGGUAUUUCCAUUGACAAAGGACAUCUAUGGUCCAGCCCUGGCCCAACUGAAGGAGGAAGGACUGCACUUCUUGUCCAAGAGCACCCUUCAGGAGUAGGGCUGAGGCUCUGUAGAAAUCAGGUCUACCUGGAAUAUAAAAGAAUAUUUCCUGGAGACUUGAUGGUAAAUUCUAAAAUCAAACACUAAGUUAUCCACCAAAUGAAAAGUGAAGUUUUCUCACAAGUGAAAUGUUCAGUGUGAUGAGUCAGACCUUUUUUUUUUAAACUUUGUGCAAUCAUAAUUCUGCAACGUUUUUAUUGUGAGACUACUUUUACAAAGUUGGAUAUAAAUCAACCAAGAUGUUAAACCUUUCCAUGUUCCCCGUCCCCAUCAGUUCUUAGUGCGUGUACUGAAACUGCUUUCUACAACAGUUAAAAUAUCCGACAGACCUUCAGCCGUGAAGAACCUCAGCAAAAAAGACUUCACCUUAGCUACAGACUCAC